AUGGCGGCGCGUGGGCGCGCGGCGGCAAUGGCGGCGGCGGCGGCGGCGGCGGAGCGGCGGGUGCCGAGUCUGGAUGAGUUCGCGGGGCAGAGCUGGAGCGCCUGGGUGGAACGAGCCGGGCCGCCGGCAGACGCGGGAUCAGGGUCGGAGCUGGAGGAGAGCGGGAAGAGCAGUGGCAAGAAACUGGAUGCCAUGACCCUGAUUAAGGAAGACAUGAACAUCUUCGGCCACUGCCCGGCACACGAUGAGUUUUACCUGGUGGUUUGCAACCACUGCAGCCAAGUGGUGAAGCCUCAGGCCUUCCAGAAGCACUGUGAACGGCGUCACGGCCCCCUCAGCAAACUCUACGCCCGCGCCGCUGCCGCCAAGUGCCACGUGGCCGUCAAUGGGCAGCCGGCGGCCAGCGGGACCCCCAAAGCGCUGCGGGAGAAGCCGCCGGGUGCCCGCGGGCGGGGGCAGCCCCUGCCCGAGCGGCCGGACAAGGACAACAACCUGUGCUUGUUCGUGCCCGUGGUCAACCUGGAGAAGAUUCCCAGCAUCCCCAAACCGGACGGGCACGGGAUCAAGGUGCCCCCCAAAGCCGUACCCACCAACUCCAAGGAACCCUUGGGGCGACCCGCCAGCGCCGCGGUGCCCAAAGAGCCGCCGGCGUCGGCCGCGGUCGGGGGGGAUCUGGCGAUGUCGGCCGAUGGCCCCGGGUGCCAGCCGGAGAGCGCGCCCGCCCCGGGGGACAAGGACGUGGGCGCCUCCAAGCCGCCCCCCAGGUCCCACAAGAAGCUGCCACGGAAGGAGUGUGACCUGAACCGCCAGUGCGGAGUCCUCAACCCCGACACCAAGAAGAUCUGCACCCGCCUGCUGACCUGCAAGAUCCACUCGGUUCACCAGCGCCGCGAGGUGCAGGGUCGGGCCAAGGACUUUGACGUGUUGGUGGCUGAGCUGAAGGCCAACUCCCGCAAGGAAAGGAGCCCCCCCGGGAAGGACCUGCUGCCCCCCCCACAGCAGGACCCCUCCUCGCUGCCACAGCCCCUCACCAGCCCCCCCAGCACCUCUCCCUGCAGAGCCAAACCUCCCCACUCCCUCUGCCCCCUCCCCAGGACCCGGCUUUCCUCUGACAGUGACCCCGAGGACACACCAGCAGCUCCCAGCGACGGGGGGGUCACAGGGGUGUUCCCCUUCCCCCUACCCAAGGGGGGCAACCGGGUGUCAAGUGAGGAGAGCGAGGAGGAGGGGAGCGAGGAGCCCCCCCGGCCCCCCACACACCUCCCACGGCCCCAGGCAUUCUGCACCUUCGGCAGCCGCCUGGUCAGUCCCGGCUGUUACGUUUUCAACCGGCGGCUGGACCGGUUCUGCUCGGCCCUGGGCUCCAUGCUGGAGCGGCACCUCAGCUCCCACAUGUGGAGGAAGAUCCCUCCAGCCGCUGAGCCUCCUCUGCACCCCCCCCCAACUCCCCCCAGCCCCACCGCCUCUCACUUCAGCCCCGCCGCCCCCACCCCCACAGCCCCCCCACGGACCUCCUCCUCCUCCUCAUCAUCAUCCUCAUCGGUUCCGCCCCCCGGCAGCCGGGAGGGCCGGGUCCCCUCCAGCCUCAGCUACCCGCUGGGGUCCCCCCACGCCGCGGCCGCCUGCAGCCAACCGGAGUGUGCCGGGGGGGGCACCCAGUCCAUCACCUCCCCCCUGCCCGCCAACACCCCCUCGCCCUCCUUCAGCAAGUUGCCUUCCACCAAGGGCGGCAAAGCCUCCCGAGCGCGGGAAGGGGCCGGCGGCACGGACCCGGACCCCCGCAAACGGAAACCCCCCCUCGGCGCCGCCCCCCCCUAUAAACGGACCUGUUUAGGGGACGGGGUCAAAAGCAAAAAUGCCGGUGGGCAAGUUACAGCCCCCCCAGCCCACCCCCCCGCCGCCAAAAUGAGCACCCCCAGCGCGGCCUGCCCGGCGGCCGCUGCUCCUGCCACCACCGUCCUCAACGGGGCGACGCGGCUGAAGAGGCCGCCCCGCGCCCCGGGCCCGGCCCCGGCCUGCCGCGGCCCCCCCGCCGGCGACCCCCGGGGCUCGGCGCUGCACGGCCCGGGGGGGCCCCCCCCGCGCUGCAUUUCCGACGACGAGGUCAAGAAACGCAAGAACGCGGCCACCUACUGCCGGCCCGUCAAACCCAAACCCGGGGGGCCCCCCCUGCCCGGGCCGCCGCCGCCCCCCGGCCCGGCCCCCCCCGACUCGGGCGGCUCCGUCCGCAGGAAGAAACCGGGGACCCCCCUGGGCUUUGAGGAGAAGCAGAGCACGCUGAAGUCCAAAGCCCAUUAACGGAGGGACCACUGGGGCCACCCCCCAAACCACAGGCACCAGGAAGCCCCUGCUGGGAUAAUACUGAAAGGGGAAAAAGAAGAACCCCCCCCAAAAGCCCCCCUUAAAAAACCCAUCCGAGGAAACAACCAGAAGGAAAAAAACCUCCAGAAAAAAAAGAAAUACCUCAAGACUCUCAGUUCCGUUCUCUGCUGCUAAAUGAGCCCCCAGGAGAGGAGGCAACCACAGCCGGGGGGGCUGGCACCGGACUGGCCACUGGGAUGCCACUGGGCCACCACCGGCCGCGGAUAUUUAUAACAAUUUACU